CGUCGAUCCAGCCUCAGUGUGGCUGUACCCAAUCAGCGACGUCAAUUAUCAACAUCGACUCUCGAGUUCGUGAACGUCAACUCGGAGCUUCAAAAGAGUCGCAUCACCAGCCAGAAGGCCGACAAUACCGCAACCAUGGCCGCCCGCAAGCCAAUCUUCAACCAGCAAGUCUUGGUCGAUACCACGCCUCUCCCCGAGAGCAUCCCCAAGGUCAAGGAGGUCGGCGCCACCUCUGCACCUCUUCUGUCGGCUUCAUUCUUCAUCGGUGCCCGAUGCCGACCAUACAACGAUGACUUCAUGCAAUGCAAGAACGAGAAUCCCGGCAAGGGCGAAUACGAGUGCCUGAAGGAGGGCAGACGGGUCACGAGAUGCGCCGCCACCGUCGUCGACGAUAUCAACAAGCACUGUCUAGAGGAGUUCCGGAAACACUGGCAAUGCCUUGAUGACAACAACCACCAGCUCUGGCAAUGCCGUAAGCCCGAAUGGAAGCUCAACAAGUGUGUUUUUGACAACCUGAAACUCGAGAAGGAACUUCCUGAUGCUCAAGGCAUCCCCGUCCACCUUCGUUCCAAGCAGAUCUAUGCCCACUACCCCAUUCUCAGAGACCCUGGUCAGAAGCCCUUCGGCAAAGCUGUUGAGGCUCCUUCAGCCCAAUCUGCACCGGCAUCAUAGAAAGUGUUAGGGUCGAUGUAUGAGCUGGUUUUGUGGUUAGGGAUUCGAGAUGCUGGACGCCAGGCAUCCGUGUACAUAGAGCAGGAAAGUGCCAAUUGUUCUAACAUCAAACAGAGUCUGCACGAGGAAAAACAGGCUUUCAUUUAAACUUUCGUCCGACUGGCACGAUAAUCCUCUCUAUACUGAAUCUUACGAGU